GUUUGUGAAUGAGUGAAUGAAUUCAUUUGACAUUCGCUUACGUGCUUAAAUACGUGUGAAAUUAUAGUGAUUUUGUGACCCUAUUCCUGUGAAAGAGAAAUGAGUAUUAAAUAAAAAUAUAUGGUAUAAGUAAGAAGGUGUUGUCUUGCCAAAUUGAAACCGGUUAAUAACCAUCCAGAAUGUCGGAGCCACGCAAAAACCAUUUGACCAUUGAUGGAGGACACGUUACCGAGGACGAGAAUGUCGCUUCUUAUAAGCCUAUACCGGAUUCUGAUACAGAAUACCGGAAGCCCACCCUCAGCAAGUCCAAGGAGAAAAUCUCUGACGAGGCUGAGGAGAAACUCCUUGACAAAGAGGAGGAGGCCAAGAUAGUGACGCGCGUGGACAUGACCGACGCCAAGUACGUGGUCGGCGACCACAGGAACGGAGACGCCAAGAUCGAGCUCGAUGCUAACAAGCGGCAAUUCUCCGGACUGACCAAAGAGGAGUUACUCAAGUAUGCGGACGACCCGUUCUGGGUGCGCCUGCGCUGGUUCAUGUUUGUGCUGUUCUGGGCACUUUGGCUGGCCAUGCUCGCCGGCGCCAUAGCCAUCAUAGUCCGCGCGCCUAAAUGCGCAGCCCCUACACCCAAAACCUGGUACGAAAAAGGCCCCCUGGUCGACGCGAGCUAUCUGGACUCUUACGAAGAUCUGGAGAGCUUGCUGCCGACCCUGAAGUCUGCCCACAUUCAGGGUGUGUUCACCAACAUCGCGCCAACAUAUGAGAUCCUCGACGGAGAGGACGUUGUCACACGGUUCAAGAAGUUCGUGGCCAAAGCUAAGGACCUUGGUGUACGGGUGAUAGUGGACUUGACGCCCAACUUCGUGUCGACCGCCCACACGUGGUUCGAGCUGAGCGUGAACCGCACGGCGCCCUACGACAAGUACUUCACGUGGGCCAAGGGGGGCGACUACGUGGACGGGGACACCGGCAACGUACCCAAACCGCCGAACAACUGGAUAUCGACAAUGAACACACCUGCGUGGGAAUGGAACGAGGCUCGCAAGGAGUUCUAUCUGCAUCAGUACGGUGCCGAUCAGCCCGACCUCAACUUCCACAAUCCUGAUGUCGUUAAGGAAUUCGACAAAGUGCUCCGAGCUUGGAUGAAAGCUGGCGCGGCUGGAGUCAGGUUGCACAAAGUCCGUCAGCUCCUCGUAAACCAAUCGCUGCCGGACGAAGCCAGGCUUUCGGGUCAAGGCAGUACUCCGGGCGCAGAUCACCUUAAUUACGAGUACUAUCAACACCGGCACACUAGCGACCAGCCCGAGCUCAUGUCGCUGCUGCGCAACUGGGCAGAUGUGGUGGACAGUACCGGCGACGGUGAAACAGAAACAGUAUUCACUGUAGCGGAAGAGGGAGACAAACCGGAAUUGUUCCUAUUCCGCGACGUGACGUGGCUUCGGCCGCAAGCGAGUUCUUCCCUACGUCUCCGUUCCGGUGGCAAUCUGUCAGCAUGGCUAGCUCACGCCGAGCCUCGUUUACAACACUGGCCUGCCUUACAGUUGACGAGUGACUCGGAGUCAGCGGACUCUGAAUUAGCCGAGUUGGCACUAUUGCUGCCCGCCACGCCUGUCCUCAGCAUCUCACAGCUUCCGGCGCAACUCAACAAUACGAGUGGGGGAUUAUCCCAGCUGAUUUCCUUGCGCGAAGACGCGAGUAUUGAACACGGAAGUCACAAUCUGUCUACCGUGCCUGUGAGGGGAUCUGACAAGCGACUUUUAGCUUGCGCCAGAUGGAAACCUGGAAAAACGGGCUACCUGGCGAUAUACAACCCUUGGUCCGAAGAGCACCGCGCCAAUGUGACGCGGCUGCCCUCUGUGCCCGGCGACCUCACCGUGCACCACGUGUCGCACGCCGUCAGGGAGAAUACCAACUACACAACCAACUACAGAGUGUCGAGCGACAACAUCCUAGUGCCAGCUUACUCCAGCGUGGUGCUGGCCUACGUACCGAAGACGGCCGAGGAACAGUAAACUCUACCCUCACGCGUCGUCGACAACAAGCCUUCUAGAACAAACCGCUUGCGCCGCCCUGUAUGCGCGGCGAGAUAUACGUUGCGUUUCAUUUUUUACGUUUUACAUCAGUAGAAAAUAUAUAUGUUUGAGCA